AUGAGUGAACAAUCCCAGACUCCGCUUCCGCCACCUCCGGCUCCCGUCUCUGACCCAAGGAACGCGAAAGGUCCCCAAGACCAAGACCUGACCCUUCCUAAGCUCCAGUACACAUACAAGGAUGACGAAUACCACUUGAGGGAAGCUUUGACUGCUUGGAACUACGAUGUCAUCUGUCCUGCGCCCCAUCAAGCUUGGUGCUACAGGGUCUUGUGGGAAGUCACGUACCCGCAAGAUUCCAGGUUGGGACAAGGGCUUCUUUGCUUGAAAGCAAAGAUGACCCAAGGGCCGAAUUUUCGCCAAGAUCAUGAAGCUGAUCGUUACAUCGCUCUGCCUGGUCAACCCGAGUACCGUUCUUUAAGCAUCGAUGACCUGCACAACCUCUUCAGGAACCAUGACUUCCCAGAGAAUGUCAUGAAGAAGCUCCCUUCUCGCGAAGCGAAGAUGAUCGAUCUUCACCGAAACGAUAAGCGAAAGGGAGACGAUCGCUCUCAAUCGGACAAUGACUCCACAGCAUCCAUUAGAACUUUUGCAAGUCGAGAGACCGCGUUCCAAAGGCUUGAGUCGGCAAUCAGUUUGAUCGACAGCCAGGGCUCUGGAAUGGGGGAUACCUAUGACAGACUCCUCUACUCUCUCGGUACCUGCCCUGUUGAGUGCAGCGUUUUGUUGCAGCGGAUCAUCGAGGCGGGUAAGGGGACCUACGGACCUGAGGACAACAGCGUCGCAAGCACCCUACCUCCUUCCACCACGUGA